AUGGACGAAUUUGCGCAGACCGGAGCCCAGCAGGAUGACCUGUUUGAUGAAGUUCAGUACGAUCAACCAAUGCAGACUCGUGCUUCAGACGACUUGUUCAGCCAUGAGAUCCAACCUGUAAAUCAAGACACCCAACCUGCUGCCGAACCAGAGAAGCCAGUAGAUACAAACAAGCAGUCGGAAGCACAUGAUGUGUCUGCUCCUGCUCAGAGUGUAUCAGAGCCAUCAGAAGUCCCCAAAGAGUCGGCCUCGACUGCUACAACUUCGACCCCAGCUCGCGGUGGACGUGGAGGUGCUAGAGGAAGAGAAAGGGGCAGAGGUCGUGGUAAUCAAGAUCGCAAUCCCCAAGAUCGCAAUACCCAAGAUCGCAGCAACCAGAACCGUGGCGACCAAGACCGCAAAAAGCAUGACCGCAGUAGACAGGACCGUCCCAACUCAGAUCGCAACAAUAACGAGCCUCGUCGCAACAACGAGUCCCGUCGAAACAAUAAUGAGCCUCGCCGUAACAACCAAGACCGUCCCAAGAAAGACCCGGAACCUAAAGAAACUCCGACCGAGCAACCAACGCAGCAAGAACAACUACCAGCAGCAGCAGCUACUACUACAACCGCCGAGUCUUCGAAACCAGCCACAAAUGCUGUACGAGGCGAUCGUACCGCGACCGGAGGUCUACGCAAGCCCAAGCUCAGCGAACAAGAACUAGCCGAGAAAAUGUCAAGAAUAUCACUCAAGAACGAAAAACUCGCUGCUGCCCAUGCAAGAGCCGAAGCAGACGCUGCUGACUUUGCUGAACGCGAGGAAGUCGCUGCCAAACGUCGACAAGAGGAACGUAGAGAUAGACAACAAAUGAUGGGCGAAAGAGAAAAGAACAGACUAAGGAAACUCAAAGCUGUGGGUGGUAGAGAAUGGGAUGCCGAGAAGCCUGAUGAAGCAGACGCCUUUGGAGGUCCCAGACAAGCCGGCGGUAGAGGACGCGGCGCACAUGGUGGAAUCGCAGGCCAAAAGAACCAAGACGGCUCCCGCGAAGGCUUUGGCGGUGACAGGGAAGAUUACACCGACGGACGCGAGUACAUGUACCGUGAGGAUCGGGGCAGAGGAAGAGGUCGCGGAAGAGGUGGUCGUGGUGGUGGUGGUCCAGGCAGAGGUGGACGUGGCCCACAGCAAGAGAAAGAGUCGUCUCAAUCGGUUCCCAAACCUACAGACUUUCCAGAUCUGUCAGGUUCAGCCUCAGCUCCCAAGUUCGAUACCGCUCCACCACCGACUAUGGCCUUCCCGACAAAAGCAAAAGUCGAGAAGCUCGAUAUCGAUGACCAACUUACCCCUGGAACGGAGAAAAAGUCAUGGGCCGACAUGAUGGAAUAG